AUGGGUAAGUCAUACUUGAUCGGUGCAAUAAGUCAAACAUUACAAAAUGCAGCCUCUCCACAACGCUCUCCUCUACUUCUACUUGCACCAACAGGAGUUACAGCAUUCAACAUUGGAGCAUCAACGAUUCAUUCUAAGUUAAGAAUUCCAAUAAAAGAUUUCAGUGAGCUACAAGGGACAAGACUUACGACUUUCCAAGAGGAAAUUUCUCACAUAAAGUACAUAUUAAUAGAUGAAAUGAGCUUCUUGGAAGAGAUGUUGCUUGAAAACAUAGACUCUCAUCUUCGACAAGCAUUUCCAGAAAAUAGUCAUAAAAGUUUUGGAGGUAUAUCUAUGAUAUUGGUUGGAGAUUUGGCACAAUUGCCUCCUAUCAAAGAUAGAGCGGUAUAUGAAAGAAAAAGGUGUGCAAGGAUACUAUGGGAAGAAUUCAAAACCAUAGUUACUUUGAGCCGUAUUUUCAGACAAGAUGGACAAAGCAAUGAACAAGAAAGAUUUUGUCUUCUUCUAACAAACAUAAGGGAUGCAAACCCUACAAUAGAUGAUUGGAUGUUACUUAUGUCAAGAUCAAAUGGAAACAUGAGUAUUGCAACAAAUGAUGAGUUCGAAAAUAGUGUUCAUUUAUUCUUGACAAAUGAUAAUGUGCACAGUCAUAACAAAAGAAAAUUGUACUCAUUAAAAAACCCUAUUGCACGAAGCAUCGUUGUAAAAACAAAAACACUUAGUUCUAUAGAAGGCGAUGGAAAUGAUGAGUUUGACAUGGAACUAUUACUCAGCAAAAAUGCAAGGGUGAUGUUAACUUCAAACUUAUGGAUAGAAGCGGGUCUUGUCAAUGGAGCACUAGGAUAUAUUCGAAGUAUUGUAUAUAGACCUAGAAGUGCACCACCUUUGCCACCAUCAUAUGUACUUGUAGAUUUUGAUGGUUACUCAGGAAUUCCAUUUGAUGAUCGUCAUCCCCAAAGAGUUCCAAUUCCAACAAUUGACAAAGCUAGCACAAAGCAAAUUCCAUUGAGAUUGGCUUGGGCUUUAACCAUACAUAAAUCACAAGGGUUGACACUAGACAAAGCCACUAUUGAUAUAGGCCCCACUGAAAGAAGUGGUCUCACAUUUAUAGCAAUAUCACGUGUCAAAUCUUUGCAAGGACUACGGAUUAUGCCGCCCUUCACAUAUGACAGAUAUGAAAAAAUGAAGAGGGGAAAACAAUGGGGUCAUUGGGCGAAAUCAUGCCCGCUUAAGAAGAGUAAUAUUAGUAAAAAUGAUAGUAAACUGAAGCAGAAAUGGAAAACGAAAGGGAAGAAUGAUGAUCUACCUUUAGAGGUUGUUGCUAAGAAGGAAGUUACCAAGAUGGAAAAUGAGGAAAAGAAGGGUGUGAAUAGUAAAAUUGAAAAAUCAGUUUGUGAAUGUUCUAACAAUAAUAAAGAAAGCAACAAGGAGGAAGAGUAUGGGAAAGAAGAAAAUAUCCAAAAAUUUAAAUCAAUGGAUCAGAAGGCUAGUCCUAUCAUCUAG